AGCUCUGCACGCAGCACUGCACACACUUACACACAGAGCGCUCUGUCUGUUCUGCAGCCUGGCGCGGUGUCUGUCGUGCUGUGGCGUGUCAUGUUAUGUGUCCUGCAUGGGCUGUGCGGGGAGUUGUGCUCUGGGAGGACAGGAGACUGGACGUGUGGAGAGGACAAUGCAUCUAACUGAGCCCGCGGGGGGUGAGCGUCACGUUUUCCAUGAGAAAGUGCUGAGAAAGAAGAGGCUGUGCGCCGCUUGUAGCGAGCCUGUUUUAUCGCAAGGCAGCGUCUGCAGAGUGUGCAAGAUUACAAGUCACAAAAAAUGUGAAGGAAAGGUCCCCCCAGGUUGUUCCUCUCCCCCACCAGCUGAUAUGAGAAGAAGAACAGCUCCUGGACCUAGCAUCCAGCACAUGAGUUCCACAAAAUCUCUCAGUUUUAAACAAAGGAGCUCCUUACCAAGGAGUUUCAGUCUGGACCAAGUGAUCCAGCGCAGCUAUGACCUGGAUCUAACGUAUAUCACUGAGCGUAUCAUAAGCGUCUUCUUCCCAACUAGCCUGGAGGAGCAACGAUACCGUAGCAACCUGCAUGAGGUGGCGAGCAUGUUGAGGUCCAAGCAUGAGGACAAGUACUUGCUUUUUAAUCUAUCAAAGAAAAGACAUGAUAUUGGCAAACUUAACCCAAAGGUUCAGGACUUCUUCUGGCCGGAUUGUCACGCACCAUCACUGGAUGUUAUCUGUUCCAUCUGUAAAGCCAUGGAGGCCUGGCUGAACAGCGACCCACAGCACGUGGUAGUCCUAUACUGCAAGGGAAAUCAGGGGAAGACGGGAGUGGUCAUUGCGUCCUACAUGCACUAUAGCAAGGUGUCUGCAAGUGUGGAUCAGGCACUCAGCACUCUGGCCAUGAGAAAGUUUUGUGAAGAUAAGUCCUCUUCAUCACUUCAUCCUUCCCAGCGCAGGUAUAUCAAUUACUUUGGAGGUUUACUGUCCGGUACCAUAAAGAUCAGCAGUGACAUGUUAUCCCUGCAGUGCGUGCUGCUGCCGGUUAUUCCUGCACUGCAAACGGAUGGUGGAUUUUGCCCUUUUCUAAAGAUCUACCAGUCCAUGCAGCUUGUCUACACCUCUGGGAUCUACUUAAGCCUGGGAGAUGGCACAGGCCAGAAACGUCAGCUGUGCAUUAGCUUGGAGCCGGCCUUACUCCUCAAAGGUGACAUCAUGGUGAAAUGCUAUCACAAGCGCUGCAAGCCUCACGAUAGAGAAGUGCUCUUCAGACUUCAGUUUCAUACAUGUACAAUCCAUAACACUCAUCUGUGCUUUAGUAAAGACCAGCUGGACUGCGCCAACACAGAUGACAAAUUCCCAGAUGAUGCAGCUGUGGAAUUUAUAUUUUCCUCUGGACAAGACAAAGCAAAAGGGCGAGAGGUAUUCCACAAGGAUCCCAGCAUUUCAGUGGAUUAUGACAUUACUGAUCCACUUGUCCGUUACGACUCCUACGAGAACCUGAACGUUAACCACGAGGACAGUCUGGAGGAUCUCCGUCACACCCGUGGGCCGGUGGAUGGCAGCCUGUAUGCCCGUGUGAACAAGAAGAGCACACCGUUGGCAUCUACUAAUGGAAGUCCUGAGCAACAUGGGCGUCUUCUGUCCGUUAGCAGUGAUUCUGGGCACUCCUCUGCUCCUACUGAGAGGUUGGAGGAGACUCCACAGAAAGCUUUGCCAACAGCAGCUGAGCAAGAAGACCUAAAUAAACUUUUGGGUGGUUUUGGGGUUAACGUAAAACAGGAGGGAGAGCCACAGUACUCCCAGGUUUUGAAACAUGAGCAAGCAGUGACACAAAACGGACACCAAAGACAAAAAAUGGAUGAAAGACCUCAAGAUUUGCAGCAUCGGGAUCAUCCGGAUGGGAUAAAUCAAAACAUUCAGGCAAAGAUGGCAAGAGAAGCAAGACUCCAGUACUCACCACAGUGGUCUGGAGUGUCUGAUGAAGGAACAUCACAAAGUUUGCCUUUGACCUCUGCAUCCUGGGAGGAGCAGAGAGAGUCAUCCGGCGGGACUCACUGGGAUGGCCAAAGAGAUCAUGAGGCAGCCAUUUUGGAAGAAGAGAUGGGGCAGUUUGGAGGCCUAGCUAUGUAUCCUGGAAGGAGGCCUUUAUUAUCUAGGCAUUGUUCCUGCAGGUUAGGGUAUGCUGGCCCCAACAUUGAGGGACCCCCUAACAGAUCUUAUUUCAGAGGAGAAGGCUUCCUUGAUCCACGAGGUGAACCAGGAGCAGGUGCAGUAUUGCAAGGUGGUCACUAUCCAGCAUUGUAUGGUGAUCAAGACAGAAGAAGAUUGUACCGUUCAUUGUCGGAAGGUCCCCAGCAUUACCCCAACCAAACACAGAGCCCACCAAAGAGAGGCAGUUUGAGAGAAAACCGCCAAUACAUAUGCCAACCACCUCGUCAUGAACACGUUUUCCCUCCAAUGUGCCCCUGUUCUCACUGUCAAAGCACAGCUUGCUACCCUGUACCCAACAUGUGGUCUCUGGAAGGAGGCAAAAUACCACCAAUGCAACCUUUUCAUCGAGGAGAGCUCCCAUCACACUUGUCACAACCUUAUGGGCAAAGUUCACAACACAACCAUGAUAUUGCACCUCCCUUCCAGGUUCCUCUGGAUAAGAUGCACUAUGGAUUCUCUAUUCCACAUGGCGAAGAUUCUCUACAUUUUACCCAUUUCCCGGAUGCUGGAUAUGGACAUAUUUACCCACAUUUCCUGCACCCUUCUUAUCUCCCAACUAAAUGCCCUCCUAAUGGUUAUGGUGCCCAUGCCUUAUCCACAUGUAUGCCCUCCUAUAAUCAGGCUGGUGGCCAGUCUCCUCCAAGCUCAGUGUCUCCUAUUGUUACCACCAGUUGUGCCCCUCGGAGAGUGAGCGGUGAUAACAUGUCUGCAGGCAGCACCGGUGAGCUGACACCUCCUCAGCAACAAGAUUUCCCUGACCAUGGCGUGCAUAGAAAUGCUCUGUCAUCCCAGCUACCGAAGCCCCCAGCUGCAGCACCUGCAACCAGUUUAUCUGCUGUAACACAUCCAAACUCUGUUGUUCACGCACGAAACCCACUGCACACCAGCACCCCAGCAAAUGAUCACCAUUCUGGACACACCUACACAAAUCCCCUUACACAUGGAAACAACACAGUGCAAUCAGGUGACUUUGUUCAUCCUCAGAGCCCUGUGCACACCAGUACCCCCAUAAACACAUACUAUCAGCUAUCACAGACACAACAGAAUCCUAUCCAUACACAAAACGCAGCUGUUCAAACCCAGUGUAGUAUUCUUAGGCACUCGGGUUCUUCACCACCGCAUAGGCAGUUGUCACAAGCAGACCAUGCAACACAGCCGCAAAAUCCCUCUGUACAGCAGAAGCUGAGCCCUCCACGUGCACACGUGCAUUUUCAUAGCCAAGUGCACACACAGCCUCCUGUUGCACAGGCCAACGGCUUUGUGCAAAAGAAUAUUCCUCCUGUACAGUCCCAGAACUCUGAGCAGAUACAGAACACACCAACACCAGUAGCACAUAACAGCAGAAUGACACAGGAGCAGAUACACAAUACACAAACACCAGUAGCACAUAACAGCAGAAUGACACAGGAGCAGAUACAGAAUACACCAACACCAGUAGCACAUAACAGCAGAAUGACACAGGAGCAGAUACAGAAUACACCAACACCAGUAGCACAUAACAGCAGAAUGACACAGGAGCAGAUACAGAAUACACCAACACCAGUAGCACAUAACAGCAGAAUGACACAGGAGCAGAGUGUGUAUACAAACAGUAUUGUGCGCACACAGGGCUUCACACAUCCACUAUCUCCACCAACCAGUACUGGGCAAGCACUAGGUCCAAGCCCACACGCAUCCCUGCAGUCACAAAGUCCUGCAACACAGACUUCAUCUGUUGUGCAAACACACAGCCCAAGUUCCCAUCCAUAUUCACCUGUGACUUCACACAGUCCUGCAGUUCAGGCAUCCACAGCGGUGCCCAGCCAUAGUGCACUUACACAGACAAAUAUCCCUAAGCAGACCUCAGUCCAUUUGCACAGUCCAGCCUGCACAGAUACUCCAUGUAUACAAGCAAACAAUACUGUUCACGCGCAGAGUCCGUUUGUGCACUCAGACAGCACUAUGCAAGUACAUAGCACAGUGCGCACACAGAUGCCGUCUCUAGCGUUACACAGUCCUGUACACAAACAGAGCCCCCAAACACACAGCACCGUGCACAUACAAACAGCUUCUCUACAGACAUUCAGAAAUCCCUACAACCAGAGUCCGUCUGUACCAAACUACAGACCGGUGUAUGCACACAACUCUGCGCAGCCAUCCAGUCCUCCCAGCACAGACAGGCCUGGAGUCACAGUUUCUAAUGUUGCUUCUACAGCUUCUGAAGGAAAUUCCAUCACUUUGCAUUCUUCCUCCCCACCCCAUGUGUCCAAGGUUGCUCCUCAAAUGCCUGUAAGUCCUACCACAAGGACAGCAGAACAAGUGUCAAGGCAGCAAUCAAUAAAAGCUGUUUCUGCACCCAAUGAAACCUCUACUUCUGCUGCUGCCCAAUACAGUAUACCCCCUGGGACCAGCUACCCCCAACAACCAGCUCCUAUAUCUAAUCCUGUUACACCACAGAGGAGAAGUAUCACCAUAUCCCUGACUGAGACCCCUAUAACCUCCCACGGUAUGGAAGUCCCAACAACCCCUCCACUAUCACCAAUGGGAAGUCAGUGCGAGCUCCAAUCACCCUCCCCCACGCCACUUUUUCCCAUCAGCACUGCCUAUUAUUCAGGUAGCCCUUGCCCUCCAAAUGCUCAGCCACCAAUGUUGCCUGAAAAGUUACACACUCCAGCUACGGGAGACAAGUCUGGGACUCUUGGGAGAUCCAAUGAGCUACAGGAAGACAAAUCACCCUCCUCAACCAAAGACGUACAACAGGACUCUCCUCCAGUUUGCAACUUUGUGCAGGAUUCCUCUAAGUUUUGGUAUAGGCCAAACAUCACUAGAGAGCAAGCUAUUGCCCUGUUGAGAGGUGCAGAACCGGGCUCUUUCCUGAUCCGUGACAGCAACUCUUUCCGAGGGGCGUAUGGUUUGGCCCUGAAAGUCUCCAGCCCUCCUCCUAAUGUGCAGGCACAGCCAUGCAGAGAUCCUGCAGAGCAGCUGGUUCGCCAUUUUCUGAUCGAGACGGGUCCCAAAGGAGUGAAAAUUAAAGGCUCCCCUAUUGAACCCCACUUUGGAAGCCUCUCAGCAUUGGUGUCUCAGCACUCAGUUACCCCUCUCUCGCUGCCCUGCAGAUUGCGUGUCCCUGACAAAGAUCUCACCGAACAGAAUUUGGAUGUUGCGGUUCCCACGAACAUGAGCACAGCGGCAGACUUACUGCGACAAGGAGCGGCCUGUUGUGUCCUCUACCUUGGCUCUGUGGAUACUGAAUCUCUGACUGGACCACAAGCUAUUUCCAAGGCUUCCAGCGCUAUCUUGACUCCGCCUAGGUCUACAGCAACUACUGUCCAUUUCAAGGUGUCUGACCAGGGUAUCACAUUGACUGACAGCCAGCGCAAGCUGUUCUUCAGACGACAUUAUUCUGGAUCCAGCGUUACAUUCUGCAGUGCUGACCCCCAGGAUCGCAGGUGGACCAAUCCAGACAGGACAACUUCAAAGGUGUUCGGUUUUGUGGCCCGGAAAGCAAGCACCACAGCGGAGAAUGUCUGCCACCUCUUCGCUGAACUGGACCCAGAACAGCCAGCAUCAGCCAUUGUCAACUUCAUCACUAAAGUCAUGCUGGGCACACACAGACGAUAAAGUACAACAUGGAGGUUGUCUGACUGUACCCAGUGCAUGUGUGUGCUAGGAAGCCAAGAGGUGAAUGGUGCAAGCCAACAAGUCACUGUUGGGCUUACAGGGAGACAAUCAAUGUUAUCACUGUUAUUUGUAAGGGAUACAAAAAAAGUGACUCUCUCUAUACAUCGCCAUACACAGUUACUGUCUCCCCAGAGCAUGGCGCCAACACUGUAUGGUAUGGGCUAGAAUGUUGGAAAUCAAACACUAAGCACAUGAAAUGUUUGUAUCUCCCACCUUUCUGUGGUGACAGUUUGUGCAGACUAGAUGUAUCCCUGCAUUAGUCUGACCCAGAACGAGCUACAUCUAAGUUCUCCUCUCCAUAGCCUUGUCAAACAAAUUGCACAUUAAAAGGACUUUUUAUUUGA